CUCACCUCAUGAAACUUCCAACGUAAGCUAAAACCGUCUGUAACAAGAAAAAAAACCCCCUCACUUUCCCGCUUCUUCCUGCCCAUUUAUCAAUCUCUCCACCUCCACAUUUUCAUUACCAACGUGUUUUGCAGAACCAAAUUGAGGGUCAAGUGUGAUCCUUGUACUUUGCAUUUGCUUUACUUUCAGUCUUUUCUCGGUUUUUCAUUUACAGAGUUUCACUCAAAGAAGUUGAAAGUCUGAUUGCAAUUGUGAAGCCGUUUCAAUGGAGAUCAUGAGAGUCAAGACAGAGGAGGAAUUGCUCAAUGUGGAUUCGGAAAACGAAGUUAUAGAUGCUUCACCUUGUUCGGUUUAUUUUGGGGCUUCUCCAAGGUGGACAACUGGUCCCACUAGAUCAUCAAGAAGGGGAGGAUGGACGAAGGAAGAGGAUUGUCUUCUGGAAGAAUCAGUCCGGAAGUUCAAUGGGAGGCAUUGGAAGAAAAUAGCUGAGUGUCUUCCUGGAAGGACAGUUUCUCAGUGCUUUUGCCGGUGGGACAGGGUUCUGAAUCCUGCAAUUGUCAAGGGAACUUGGACAAAGGAGGAAGACGAUUGCAUCAUGGAGUUAGUCGGAAAACAUGGUUGUAGGAAAUGGUCUGUUAUCGCAAAGUCCUUACCAGGUCGAGUAGGAAAGCAAUGCCGAGAAAGGUGGUUUAACCAUUUAAAUCCAACUAUAAAUAGAGCCCCAUGGACAAAAGAGGAGGAGAUGACUCUGACUUACUACCGUGAAAUAUAUGGAAAUAAGUGGGCCAAGAUAGCGAGGUUUCUACCUGGAAGGAGUGAUAAUGCAAUAAAAAAUUACUGGAAUUGUGUACUGAAGAAGAAUUUGGAUUCAUAUUCACUACAUGGCUGUACAAUGGAUCUGUUCACAGUUAGUUCUCCCAAUUCCUACAACUGCACCGCAGAACUAAACUGCUUGACGUUAAAAGAAAGUCAAAGUGUUGAGAAGGCAGCCUUUGUAUAUGAAAAUAUGGAGUUGAGGUGUAGUGCUGAGAUGAAUGCUUCUGGAUCUGGAAAGGCCAAUGGUAUUGGCAAGAAGAAUGAAGUUCACAAAUUGCAUAUGCAAGCAGAGGAGAGAAGCCAGAAUUGCUUGCAUCAUGAGUCACAACAGCUAAGCACUUUGGUUUGUAAUUUGGAUGCGGGUGAAGUUCCUAGCAUGGAUACUUGUGUCAUGCAUCCAAUCAGUCCAUUUUGUUGUUCCACACCAACAAAGUACGCACAAAGUAUCUCUGUCAAUAGUACCAGUCCAGAAUCAAUAUUGAGGAAUUCAGCUAGGACCUUUAAAAAUACCCCUUCUAUUAUAAGGAAGAGGGCUCUCAGAGGUGCUGCUAUUGCUAAGAUUUCUGAUGUCACCUGCACACCUUCAUCGAAGUUUUCAUGUCCAAAUGACUUCCAAAUUGCCGACAGCACAAACAGUCCAAAUGAGAAGCAAGGGUUUCUCCGUUACUUCCAACCUGAAACUUCAUUUGCCAUCAAGUCUCUGAAAAGGCACUUUGACUAUGCUUUUGAUAUGGAAAAGGAGGCAGAUUUGGGUAAAUGCGGCAAAUCAGUUUCUCUUAGUGAACCUCUGCAUCAGAAUUUCUUGGAAUCGCGAUAGGGAUACCUCAAGAUAAUUAAAUUUGUCUUUCUAUGUCAGGUCCGUUAAUCUGAUCGGCCACCAAAUGAUAGUCCAUCUUGGAAAGCAUCACAGAAUAAGAUGAGUUGUGGAAGGAGAGGCAGAAUAGUGUAACCAAUAGUGGGAGCACAAUAAAGGGAAGAAGUGUCGCGGCCGCGAAGUAUGUGGGGAAUGCCAGCUCAAACUGUGGACCUGGAGUGUACAGUAUGUUUUGAUUUUCCCUCUCAUGGUUGGGAGAUGAUGGCAAUUUUCUUUUGCUUUGCCACAUCUAUCUCCCUUGUUGAUCUAAAAGGCGCAAAACCAUGUAGCUAUAGGCUAUAUAUAGUCUAUAAGAUUUCUGAUGUAAAAUCUAAUAUGGACAGGCUACUUUCUCAUCAUAGUGCGCACUAACUUGAAAGCUGGUUCACUUUGUAGUUAAAGUUGAUUUUGCCAAAAAGGGGUUUGUAUUGAAAAUACAUUUAACCCACAAA